AUGCCGCAACUUACCUCAAGGUACCAGACCUACGUCGAGGAUGCGUUAGCGUCAGAUGAUGAAGAGAAAGUGGAGAGGCGACCAGGAUCUCCCUCAAGUAGCAGCAGCCAUGAGCCCCGCGAUGAGGAUGAGAUUUUACAGCGCAGACCGAUCCCCAACAGAGCUUCAAGUACCGAAGGAUCGGAUGGCCGAAACUCACCAGUUAUUCGACACUUUGAGGCUGAGGAGCCGAAGGAUUCAGUCUGGAAGGGAACAGAUCCCCUGGAAAGACCCUUUCCGAUCAUUGGUGAAUCGCGUGUGAUGAGGCUGAAGAGAGAGCCGUUCCGAGGACUGAUAAAGAGCAUGUACAACAGUCUUUCGGGGGCGGUCAUUACGAGGAACGACCCAUUCGCAGGCCUCAGGAUUCGCCUCACAUACUUCGACAGCGGGCUCGUUACCUUAGAAGAGCGCGGCUCAGCGAAAGCGACUCGGAUGAAUACCACCGUCGACGAACUCGCCGCUGGACUCCACCGGCCACAAGAAACUACACUGAAACCCGAAAUAGGCAGUAUUCGCCCGCUACGUCCUCUGUGGAUAAAUAUGUACGCAGGAGUCCAAUUCGAGUUGACGCUGGAUACCAGUCUGGUCCAAGAUCUCGGUCUCGAUCCAGGUAUCGUUUUCGAGAAAGAAAUGCUGGUCAGUCAAGACGUCGUGACCGACUAG